AACAGAGGUGACUUUUGAAACAGUCACGAGUCUUUGUAUUAAAACAUAAUAAAGCCCUGGCCUCUCCAUCCCUUUUCCUCCACAAUCUUCCAAAACGAUGAUGCAGGCAACGAUGGGACAAAAACAAGGCGUUGAAUCUAGAGGAGAUAUCAUCACCACGGGGCCGUCGCCGUUUGAUUUCUUGCCGGAGGAUUGCAUCUCCAAAAUAAUCUCCUUCACAAGUCCGCGUGACGCGUGCGUCGCCGCUUCGGUUUCUAAAAGCUUUGAAUCUGCGGUUAAGUCAGAUACCGUGUGGGAGAAGUUUCUUCCGCCGGAAUAUUCCUCUUUGAUCCCACGAUCGAGAGUUUUCUCGUCCAAGAAGGAGCUCUAUCUCACCCUAUGCGAUGAUCCUGUUCUCAUCGAAGAUGGCAAAAAGAGCUUCUGGUUAGAGAAAGCGAGUGGGAAAAGAUGUAUUAUGUUAUCUUCCAAGGAAGUGUGGAUCACAUGGGGAAGUAGUCCACAAUAUUGGCGAUGGGUUUCAAUUCCUGAAUCUAGGUUUGAGAAAAUAGCAGAGCUUCUCAACGUGUGUUGGUUUGAGAUUCGUGCGGGGAUGCAUACUCGUUACCUAUCUCCAGGAACUCGUUACUCGGUUUACAUUGUGUUCAAGACAGAGGACGGAUGUCCUGGAUUGGGUGAUAUCCCGGUAGAAGCUGGAGUUGGGUUGGUUGGACAAGAAUCUUCUCAAAAUUUGAUAUACUUUGUUGGGCCUAGUGGUCGAAGGAGAGAUAGAGAAAGGAGAGAUGUUACAAGACCAAAGGAGAGGGAAGAUGGGUGGAUGGAAGCUGAGCUUGGUGAGUUGUACAAUGGAUCAUGCUGUGAUGAUAUCUCGGUUAGUGUUGUUGAGAUUAAAUCUCCAUAUUGGAAACGUGGUUUGAUUAUUCAAGGAUUUGAAUUCCGCCCCUCAAAAACUCAGUAACAGCUAUAUGCAGUUUCUGGUUUAUGGUUGUUUGCUUCAGUUCCAUGUCUAAGCAAAGUGAAACGAUUUGUUGUAUUGUAAUGUUUUCGAAAUUUCAAGUCUUUUUGGAUUGAAUGUUUGCAUGGUUUGAUUUUGAUCACAUGAAGAAGUCAAUAAAAAAAUUGUGUGUUACUCCCUU